AUGCCGCCAGGUUUUAGCUUCUUGCAAGUGUUGAGGCCUCAUGAUCCUUACCAUGGUGGUCUUAUUGUUUUUUUCAAGAAGAUGUUCAAGGCCAGGAAAAUUGAAGUUCCGGUUUUUCAGACCUUCGAGGCUAUUAUAGUUGAAUUUUCUUUUGAGUGUCGCAAAGUUUUUGUUUUUGGUAUUUACAGACCAGGUUCAAAAUUGGUCACAUCUUUGUUUUUUGGUGAGCUGACAUCGGUGUUGGAACAUUUAUUUGCAUUGGGUGAUGGUUUGAUAGUGGCUGGGGAUUUUAACAUUCAUAUUGAAAAGCCUGGUGAUACACACUCAUUUAAUCUGCUUGAAAUAUUUGAUUCGUUUCAGUUUACAAACGUGGUUAAUGAGCCUACCCAUAACUUGGGUGGCACACUUGAUUUAUUUGCGUCCACUCCUGAUAUUCCUUUGUCUAAUUGUAGAGUGGAUCCCAGUGGUGUUUAUUCAGAUCAUGGUCUGAUUAAUGUUUCAUUCUCGGUCAGUGUCAGGCUACCAUUGACAACAAGGCGUGGUCCGUUUGAUAGUGAUGACGUGGAUGAUGCAUUUGUGUUGUUUGAUCGUGAGAUGAGGAGGGUAAUGGAUGUAUCAGAAGUUGAUCAUAGUUCUCUUGACUUUUCCAAGUUUUUCAAAAGCAAAAUUGAUGAUGUUCGUAAUUCAACCAAUCAUUGUGAUGAACCAACAUUCACUCCAUGUGAUCUUGAUGAAGCUACAUAA